GAAGAAACGAAUGACAUUUCCGGCGUAAACAAUGGCCGCCCCUGAAAAGAAACUUGUUCGUUCAAAAAGCGGUCUUCGUAUGGUGACAGUCGACGACGAAGAAGCUAGUCCAUUUCUAUUGAUUGAGCCACCAUGGGUCCCAGAUAAUGAGUGUGAUUGUUGCCAGAGUUGUAGAGGCAAGUUUGAUUUCCUCAGGAGAAGAAAGCAUCACUGUAGAAGAUGUGGGCGGUGUUUCUGUGAUAGUUGUUGCAACACCAAAGUAGCUUUACCUAGAAUGUGCUUUAUUGAUCCUGUACGGCAUUGUGCAACAUGUAUUCAAACCACAAAGAAAGAAAACGAAUUCUUCGAUAAACAUGUGAAAACUCUUGUCAAUGGUGGAGAGUUUAUGUUGUCUGGAAAGGACCAGUCAGACAUAGAAUCACAGUUUCUGUGUAAAUUAUCAUCAGAUCACAGAUUUCUACAUUUUGAAGCAGAGAGUGAUAAAUAUGAGUCCAUUAAGGUGUCUAAUUUGGAGUCUUUACAGAUCAUGGCCAAUAGUCGAGAUCUGGAAGGAAAUACUCUUGCCACUGGUCUUGCAUUGAAAUAUAAGAAUAGCAAUGAUGUAAUGACAAUGGUCAAGAUGGUUGUCACAACAGGGGCCAAUAAGAAACAAGCACAAAUAUGGAUAGCAGCUAUGCAAAAGGCAUUUAAAAUGGUGUAUGAAGGUAGACAGGCAAUGAGGGCAUGAUGCAAGCAAAACAUUUCUCUUGUUCUGUUAUUUGUUAAUGAAAACUUUGAGAAACGUUGCAAUUUUAAGAAUUGGAUAAAGUCUAAAUUCAGCACCUCAGCUGUUGGUGAAGAUUUUUUUCUGUGUUUGAAAUGUAUUUAUGUACUAUAGUCAAAUUACUGAUGCAAUUUGCAGUUAGUACUUAGAAUGAAGUCUUCAGUCUUCACUGAAACUGUCAAACAAAAUUUAUUAGAAAUACACUCUAUGAAUCUCAAGUUUAAUGACUUGAGAUAUUGACUGUGUUUACUUUCAGAAAGUAUAAAGAAGAUUUUUAAAUGAGAGUCAACUCUUUAGUUUUUCUUUCUUUUGAAGUUUUGCUGAAAACCAUGCAAUUUAGAUUAAGUUUUUAUGCAAGGUCUUUAUUCAUCUGAGGUGCUGAAUUUGACUGUUAAUUCUUUUAUAAAACUAUAUUUUUUAAGGUAAUUCAAAAUGUGAUAUUGUACAUAAAUCAGCAUUGGAGUUGUUGUAAUUUUGGGUAUUUUAAGGGCAUUGUUACUUAGUUUUAGCAUUAGUCAAUACAAAGAGCUGUUUAAGUUUUGAUGAAAAGGUGGUGAUAUUGUGACCAGCAUAUAUACAACAUGCUAGAAUGUUUUACUGAGAAAUUGAUUUAAAAGCCCAAAUAUUGAAAAGAUGUGUUAUAUCAUUGUAUAUUCUAAAAUUGAUUAUGAAAUUGACUUUUAAAAAUGAAUAUAGCAAGCAACGAUUAAUCGAUCAUCGAUCAGACAUCAAUGUAUAUAGCUUACACUGUGAUCAUAAUAUUAAUCUUAUUUGACUGCAAUUAAUUUGGUGAUGUUUUGUAAGAAUCACAGAGCUUUGCUACAUUUUUGCCUAGCAAUCAAAUUCGAAACAUUAUGUAUUACAUUAGUUAGCUAUGGGCUAGGUUUUACAUAAAUAAUCCAAAAAUUUAAAUUUAUUGUAUUAAAAAAAAUAUAUUCACUGAGUGAUAACUUUAGUUUGCUCUGGAAGCCUGUUAUAAUUCACGCUGAAAAACCUCCUCAUUCACACUACAUAUUGCAAGUUAUAUCCCUUCACACAUCCUAUUUUUGUACAACAAUGCAAGUUUAAAUGUUAUUAUUUGAUACCAAUGUACUGUUUUGGAGCAUCUAAGCCAUUAUUUCUCUUCAUAAGGAUACAAAUUGUUCUGUGUUAGUGAAAAUUGUUUAAGUUUUUACAAUCUUUUCAUUGUAAGAUGCAAAUCAAAAUUGCUUUGAAAUAUUAAUUAUAUAAAGUCUUCAGCAUUUUAUUAUACAAAUUAUUGGAAAUAAAAGAUAAAAUUACAAGAAUAAGAUCUGACUACACAUACUUUAGGCAAAAACAGCAUAAUUAUAUUAAUAGGCAGCAAAAAAAACCCACUUGUUUUGUAUAAAAAACUAAAGAUAAAAGAUUUAUUACCAAUUUUUAAAGGAACUCUCAGCGAUAGGUGUGGAUCAAAGCUUUAUAGGAUCAGUGAUGAAAUUACAUAACUUCAUGCAGUCAACACAUUGUGAUUGCUCAAAUAGAGAGAUUGCCAUAUAAAAGGCAAUAUGCAGUCAGUGAUUGUAUCUUUCAAAUAUUUAAUGAGUCAAUCGAUUUAACUGCACAAAUAGCAUAGUUAUACUAACCAUAAUAAAAUGAACUGCUGACUUCAUAUACACAUUGCAGCAUUCACAUGAUCAGAUUUUGGCAUACAUGUAUAUUCCAAUUAAGCAAGCAUUUUAUUCAGGGAUAUGGGUAUAAUUUGGUGUGCAAUUGUAUAUGUAAUGUACUGAAAUGCAAUAAAUCUGUAUGAUGUAUAGUUUUUAUUUUUUUUUUUACUGAAUUGAAUAUGCUUCAUAGAUAUUCAAUUAUUUCACACUUUGUACUCAUUGUUAAACAAAUUUUAUAGACAUUAAAUAUAACAAAUAUUACAUGCAAAAUAAGUUCAGUUAAUACAAAGCCUUAAAACAGAGCUAUUAUUUCUUACAGAAAUGACAAUUUUUAAUGGGUUAUCAUGCAGCUGACAUUGUGUAGCAGUGUCUAGUAUUGAAGCAUCUGGAGAAGGGAGAGAAGUGUUAUAUAAUGUUAACAUAAGGAUUAUAUAAAGAAUAGUUUGGUUGAUAUAUAUAUUGUUAUGAUGUUAUCAAUGCUUGCCAUUGUGAUCAAGUUUUUUUCAGAAUUUUAAGUAUCGUGUUGAUAGUUUAUUAUGUUCUUGAACUGUUUUUUGUAGUUGAAUAUUGUUGAAUGGAAAAUUUCAGUAGAUGAAUAUGAUUUUGUAAAUAUACAGAAAGUAUAAACUUUUAUUUUAACAGAGAUACAUGGUGCACAAUAUGGUUGGUGAGAAUUGGUUGUUUUUAAACUAUUAUAUUGAAAAAAUUUAAACAUUUUGUAUAUUAAUAAUAAAUACCUGCAAAUAUUUAGACAACAAAUAAUACCUAUAUUAAGCCUAUAGAUAUUAGAAAACAAAUUCGCUCUAUUUUUCAUUUAUAUCGUAUAAUGACACGUUCAUUUCUAUAAAGGACCAAUUCAAACAUUGUAUUGCAAUAUGGUAAUAUCAUUGUUAUAUAUGUUACUCACUGGUCCAGAUGUUGACAUACAAGUUACUUUUAAUUUAGUUUUGUUUUGGUCAAAGGGAGAUAAUCCAAUUUGAAUAAUGUUUCAUCUUUUAUUACAAAUGCAUUUUACAUCUGAUACUUAUCAUAGGUAUACAUUAUGUAUCAGUGAAGUCACUUGUGUGUUUUUCUCUAUUGGGAGCUGAGACUGUACAAGUAAUUCAUGAGGACACAGGUUAAACUUUUGAAUUGGUCCAUUGAUAUAAAAUGAUCCAUAAAUGUAUUGCACAAGCUUAUUUAUUUAAUGUAUAAAAAUGUUUUUUCACAUGCAUUUACAAAAGAAAUGUUUUGUUUGUUUUAUCAUUUCUUCUGAAAAUUUUAGAACAAGUACCUGUUCUUAACAACAGUGUAUCAGUUAUUUAGGAAAAUAAACUAAACUGCAGACAAUUUACAAACACUGGUAUAAAUCCUGCAUUAUAUUUUGUUUGUUGAAAUGUGCAUAUUUAAUAUUUAGGUAGUUUGAAUUGAUAAGUAAUUCAAAUAUCAAUGAAUACUUUAAAAUAGAAAUUGAUUUAAGAAUUGAAUGCAUCUUUUUGUAAAUUCAUUGGGGUGUAAAAGCGUUGUCCGAAGUACAUUUUGUAUGAAGCGCGGAAGCACUUCAUUCUAAAAAUGUACGCACGGUCAACGCUUUUACAACCCUAUGAAAUUACUAAAAGAAGCAUUCAAUACUUAUAAUUACAUUUUUUCGCUAUGAUCAUGAAAACACGAUUACUAUCAAGUUUUUCUUUUAUUUACCUGUGCACUUUAUUGUGGAAACGUGUGUCAUCAUAUGUUUCAAUUCAUGCAAUUCAUUUUGAAAUGAAGAAUGACGCGAGAUUGCUGUUAGCCAAUCAAAAUAACGUAUAAUAAUGAAACAUACAUCUAAUGUAAUUAUUGAUAUGUAAGAAGUAAAAUUUGUUCAAUAUAGAUUUUUCAUGUUUUGAUUAUAUUUAAUAUUGAUUUAGUUGUAGGCUCUGUUGUUGAUACAAUGAACAAUUUACAAAAGACACAUUCUAUGUUAACUGCUAUGUAUUAUAGUGCUUUAUGAUAGUGCUUUGUAAUAUAUAUAUACUAUUAAAAUAUUAAAAUACGA